AUGACGACGGUCAAGCCAGUGCUUCGCAGAAGCCACACGAAAUCAAAGUUUGGCUGCCAGGCGUGUAAGCAGCGGCACGUCAAAUGUGACGAGUUUCGACCAACAUGUCACAGAUGUCUUUCUUCAAAAAUACCGUGUAAAUAUCCUGAUCAGCCUCCGGAGGAAGAGCCUGAACAGGAGACUCCUUCUCUCUGGUGGCCGGAAGACAUUGAAAAUGCAUGCGCAGAAUGGAAAGAAACGGGAGAGCCGCCAUUCAUGUCUCUAGCUCCGUCACCAAGCUGGCAUACUAUGGAUAUGAAGGACUUGCGGUAUAUCUACAAGAUGGCUCUGGUUGCGAAUAUCCUCGAGCUCAGCAAUACGAACGAUAUCUGUCUAUUAUGGGGUGAAAUGGGCGUGCUGUUCCAACUCGCAACACAAUACGACUUUGUUGCCCAUACCUUGGCUGCGACAUCAGCACAACGACUUGCAGUAACUACAAAAUCACACGAGGCCUCCUUGGACGCGUUCCACUACCGGAAACAGGCCCUUCAUGGAUUAUAUCGGGCAAUGGGCAGCUUUUCCAAAGAAAAUGCCGAUGCAAUCCUGGCGGCUUCUCUGGGAUGUUCAUAUAUAAUGUCGGACUCACGCUCCCUAAUGACCCUUGCGGGAAACAUCUCCACUGUGGCGAAUCGAAUGAAGCCUUGGCUGGAGCGGUCGGCCUUCCACCGCAUCUUCACAUAUGAGCUUCCUUGCCCCGAGAACGAAGAACAGGCAGCGGCAACGCCUCCGGAGACUGGGGACGUAGAGCACCGCUUCGCCCUGGUCAAGAAGCUUCUAGCCGAAGGAGUCAACUCCGUCAACGGAUUGGCAUUCUGUUUCCAAGGCGAUCGAGAUCUCUCUGCAGUUCUUCGACAGCUCAGAGACGUGAUGCGGCUUGUCCAUGAACGACUCGGCUCCGACAUCACCGCAGAAGACCAGUACCGAUUAGUAUAUCCCUUCACGGCAUGGUUCGUGAAGAGCCCGGCUGCAUCCUUUGUGUCUCUCAGCAAGAAGAACCCCUACAUGUUGGUGUUCCUGCUGCACUUGUAUGCAGUCGUUGUCGCGCUUACAACAGCGCUACCCAGAAUCGACGUUCCUUUAUUCGCAAAGUAUCGUCUGAGGGCAAUACUCCAAAUCUGCAGCGUUUUGAAAGACGAUCCGGGAUUUUUGUGCCAGCGAUGUAAUGGCCUUCACGCAUAUCAAGAGAUUAUGUCUUUUCCCCUGAAUAGCGUUUCUGCAUAUCAGCAGCUUGGACGAGAGAAAGAGUUUCCUGGAGCAUAA